UUCGUGGACAGAUUUUCGGCAGAGUAAAUCAAUGGAGUAAUGCAAAUGAUACUUUAGUUCCUCUCGUUUCGCGACUUCCGCUCUGCCGAAACAUAUUAAUAUUUUCCAUAUUGGAUAAAUAUUUUGGUUAAUUGCUCCAAAAUAUAUUUUACGAUAUUCUUAUUUUCCUGGAAAAGAUAGGAGAAUGGCUGCUGCUGAGGUGAACAGUAGUUCUGCUCCGGUGAUGGAGGAAAAGGAGCCUAUAGAAGUCACCACCGAAGGCGAGCACACAGAGAACUACCAGACACUAAUUGAUGCCGGACUGCCGCAGAAAGUGGCUGACAGUCUCAACAAAAUAUUCUCUACUGGGUUGCUGGCAUACACUGACCUAGAUGAGAGGGCCAUCGAUGCUCUGCGGGCGUUCAAUGAAGUGGGAGCGUUGUCUGUACUGUCGCAGUUCAAAGAAAGUGACCUGACCCAUGUCCAAAACAAAAGUGCUUUUCUUUGUGCAGCUAUGAAGACAUACAGACAGAGGGAAAAGCAAGGAAGUAAAGUUCAGGAAUCCUCUAAGGGUCCUGCUGAGUCCAAGAUCAAGGCUCUGCUGGCGCGGACAGGAUACACCCUGGACGUCACCACCGGCCAGAGGAAAUACGGAGGGCCCCCACCAGAGGAAGUGUUUAAAGGAGCACAGCCUGGGAUUGGAACUGAGGUGUUUGUAGGAAAGAUCCCCAGAGACCUGUAUGAAGAUGAGCUGGUGCCUCUGUUUGAGAAGGCGGGCCCAAUCUGGGAUCUGAGGUUAAUGAUGGACCCCCUGUCGGGUCAGAACCGGGGCUACGCCUUCAUCAACUUCUGCAGCAAGGAUGCAGCAGCUGAGGCGGUGAAACUUUGUGACAACUAUGAAAUCCGGUCUAGGAAACACCUUGGAGUGUGCGUAUCUGUAGCGAACAACCGCCUAUUUGUCGGCUCAAUCCCAAAGAACAAGACCAGAGAGAGCAUAUUGGAAGACUUCAGCAAAGUCACAGAGGGGCUUCAGGAAGUGAUCCUCUACCACCAGCCGGAUGACAAGGAGACGAACCGUGGCUUCUGUUUCCUGGAGUAUGAGGACCACAAGUCUGCAGCCCAGGCACGCCGCUGCCUCAUGAGUGGCAAGGUGAUGGUGUGGGGGAACCCAGUCACUGUGGAGUGGGCCAACCCGGUCACUGAGCGUGACACGGAUGUCAUGGCCAAUCAGGCGAAGGUCUUGUUUGUCAGGAAGCUUGCCACCUCAGUCACAGAGGAGCUACUAGUGAAGACGUUUUCUGCCUUUGGCAAACUGGAGCGGGUGUAUAAGCUCAAAGACUACGCCUUUGUCCACUUUGAGGACAGGGACGCUGCUGUGAAGGCAAUGGUAGACAUGAAUGGCAAGGAGCUGGGGGGAGAGGCGAUUGAAAUAAGAAUAGCAAAGAAGAAGAAGGCGCGGAAGACUCAGCGCCAGACCACCAGAAACCCAGGCAGGAAUGACGAUUACAACCAGCCACCGCCACGCAUGCCUCCACCAGAUAGGGGCAGGGGCCGUGGUCACCGCGGAGGCUACGCGUCCUACCCUCCAGACUACCACAGCUACGAUGACCACUACGGCUAUGACUAUCAUGAACCCUGCAGGGGUUACGAGGACCCCUACUACGGUUACGAGGACCCCUACUACGGUUACGAGGACCCCUACUACGGUUACGAGGAACCCUACUACGGUUACGAGGACUCCUACUAUGGUUACGAGGAUGUGUACAGUGAGAAGGGUCGUGGCAGCAGGGGAGUUCCACCCCCUCCUAGGGCCCGUGGAACACCACCCACACAGGGCCGAGGGGGCUAUGUGCAGAGGGGGCCACCCAUCAGAGGGUCCAGGGGUGGCAGAGGGGGCCGUGGGGGACUCUUUCAGCCACAGAGGGCCCACAGUACCCGAGGAGCCAGGGGGAACCGUGGGGGCAAUGUGGGCGGGAAGAGGAAGGCCGACGUCUUCAACCAGCCUGACUCAAAGCGCCGGCAGACCAGCAAGCAGAACUGGGGGUCCCAGCUCAUCACCCAGCAGCAAGGCGGCGACUAUUCUGAUAACUAUGGUUAAGGUGGUGAGGUGAGAGCGACAGCGCUUGAGUGAGAAACAAACUCACCCUGAACUUUGUUCCUUACAACAGGGUGAGCUAUUACUAGUAGUGUCUAGCCCAAACCGUGCUGAAUCUACAGAUUAUUUUGUGAGAAGACCGAUUUCCAAGAUGUCUCCUGGUCUAACAAACAGUGCUGUAGCUCUGCGCCACCUUCCACUGCCGAUGCGGGGGCUUGAGACGCGGCCCAUGCAAACAAAUGUCUAGUUCAAACUAAUGGAUUUUAAUGGUCAUUUUGUUUAUUUGAUUUAUUAUGCUAAUUACAGAGCAAUUUGCUUGCCUUGCAUAUGCCAUUCAAUGUUUUCUCGUCAACUAUUAGGAUAAAGAUUUUUGAGAGUCAAGAAGAUAACAAUAAAAGAAAUCCCGUGAAGGGGCCCGGUUUACAAAGUGUAGGCCAACUUCUAGACUAAUCUCUUGUGGACAGAUGAAAUGGUGAGAAUCUGUCAAGGCUCAUAUAGAAUUAUGUGAUUACGAGCAGCAGUAGUUCCUGGUUUUGGGUUUUCGUGAUUGAUUUAAGUGGAUGGAAUCAGGUUUGGGCGACGGUAGUGUAAGAACUGGUGCGAGGAAUUUAAGCAUGUUUGCGGAUAAACGGUUACCACAGCCACAAAGUCAACUGUCUAUUUCGUAAAAAUUAAUAUAAACAAGUGUACGUUUUAAUCAUGUUAGGACACUAGGCAUUACAUUUCUGUAAAACCAAUUCAGUGUGGCUAGUGUCAAUCUAUUCCUUCACUCAGGGGACCCCUGUCAACGAUGAAGGUCCUAUCCACAUAAAUGAAACCUCAGUGACAUGAAUUACUUAGACUUCCCCUCACACUAAAGACACAGUAUGGCUACCUUCCUCUUUAGUACUAGGCCAUACAUAGUCCUCUUUAGUACUAGGCCAUACAUAGUCCUCUUUAGUACUAGGCCAUACAUAGUCCUUUUAAGUGACGUCGUAAAAAGGCUCUUUUCACACACUGAAGGUCCAAUGCAAUGUCAAUCCAUUUGACAUCAAUGUAAAGGACUUCCCUCACAAUAUGGACACAGCCUAGAUGUGCCCUCCAAUUUUAAGUGGCAUUGUACACUGAACAAAAAUAUAAAUGCAAUAUGCAACAAUUUCAAAGAUUUGACUGAGUUACAGUUCAUAGAAGGAAAUCAGUCAAUUGAAAUAAAUAAAUUGGGGCCUUAUCUAUGGACUUCAGAUGACUGGGUAGGGGCACAGCCAUAGGUGGGCCUGGCAGGGCAUACAGUUGAAGUCAAAAGUUUACAUACACUUAGGUUGGAGUCAUUAAAACUAGUUUUUCAACCACCCCACAAAUGUAGUGUUAAUUAACAAAGUAUAGUUUUGGCAAGUCUGUUAGGACAUCUACUUUGUGCAUGACACAAGUCAUUCUUCCAACAAUUGUUUAGACAGACUAUUUCGCUUAUAAUUCAGUGGGUCAGAAGUGUACAUACAAUAAGUUGACUGCCUUUAAACAGCUUGAAAAUUCCCAGAAAAUGUCAUUGCUUUAGAAGCUUCUGAUAGACUAAUUGACAUAAUUUGAGUCAAUUGGAGGUGUGGAUGUAUUUCAAGGCCUACAUUCAAACUCAGUGCCUCUUUGCUUGACAUCAUGGGAAAAUCAAAAGAAAUCAGCCAAGACCUCAGCAAAUAAAAUUCUAGACCUCCACAAGUCUGGUUCAUCAUUGGGAGCAAUUUCCAAACCACGUUCAUCUGUACAAACAAUAGUACUCAAGUAUAAACACCAUGGGACCACACAGCUGUCAUACUGCUCAGGAAGGAGAUGCGUUCUGUCUCCUAGAGAUUAACUUUGGUGUGAAAAUUGCAAAUCAAUCCCAGAACAACAGCAAAGGACCUUGUGAAGCUGUUGGAGGAAACAGGUACAAAAGUAUCUAUAUCCACAUUAAAAUUAGUCCUAUAUCGACAUUACCUGAAAGGCUGCUCCAAAACCGCCAUAAAAAAAGCAUUUUUAAAAUAAAAUGGUGAUCCACAAACUGAAUUUUUACUAGGAUUAAAUGUCAGGAAUUGCGAAAAACUUAAGUUUAAAUGUAUUUGGCUAAGCUGUAUAUAAACUUCUGACUUCAACUGUAGGUCCACCCACUGGGAAGCCAGGCCCAGCCAAUCAAGAUGAUUUUUUUCCCCCCACAAAAGGGCUUUCUUACAGACAGAAAUACUCCUGAGCACCACCUCAGACGGUCCUGCAGGUGAAGAAGCCAGAUGUGGAGGUCCUGGGUUGGCGGGGUUAUAUGUUGUCUGUGGUUGUGAGGCCGGUUAGAUGUACUACCAAAUUCUCUAAAACAAUGUUGAAGGGGGCUUAUGGUAGAGAAGUUAACUUUAAAUUCUCUGGCAACAGCUCUGUUUGAUAUUCCGGCAGUCAGCAUGCCAAUUGCAAGCUCCCUCGAAACUUGACAAAUCUGGCAUUGUGUCGUGUGACAAAACUACACAUUUAAGAGUGGCCUUUUAUUGUCCCCAGCACAAGGUACACCUUUGUAAUGAACAUGCUGUUUUAAUCAGCUUAUUGAUAUGGUGAAAGAAUUACCAUGGCAAAGGAGAAAUGCUCACUAACGGUUGUAAACAAAUAUGUGCACGAAAUUUGAGAGACAUGAGCUUUUUGUGCUUAUGGAAUGUUUCUGGAAUAGUUUAUUUCAGCACGUUACAAAUUGUGUUUAUAUUUUUGUUCCGUAUUAAAAGGCUGUCAUUUCAGUUUUUAGCACAAAUGAAUGGGAAACUACUAGCUCUGUAUAAUAUCAAAGCCUAUAGCCAGGUCAUUUGACCUGAAGGUUAAUCUAAUCCAUGUGAUGUGGUAUAGCCUAGCUAGCUGCAGAAGCUGUGGUCUAAUAGCACUCCAAUGACUAUCUGGUAAUUCGGAGUUAUCACUUCAAACCUCUCAGUACUGGGCCUAUAAAUCUGAUCUGGUGGUGAGUGCCUGUCUUUGUUUCUGCAUCGGUGUGAUACUUGGAUAUGUUCAUAUAUAAUGAUAAUGUAAUUAUUAUAUAAUUGUCUUUUCCUUGUUUUUCUCAUGAGACCAUGAUACUCUAUUAUAAAACAUGCAUCAUUAGCAUGGACUGGUGUAGUACCCACAUGCUAUCCUUGGGACAUCCCAACCUCAUUGUGGAAAGUGGAAAUUUAAGAUGGUUUAGGUAAGGAUUAUUGUUAGGGUAGGGAUGUCAAGGAUCCUGAAUACCACUGACAAUAUCACAACAUGGCUGCUUUUACUCUGAACAUCUGAUUUAUCAGCAAAAAAGUAAACAUUACUUUAAAUGAGUGAGUCCUGUCUUGAGUUGUUGGCACCAGGCAGAUGUCAUAGUGUAUAGUGGUCAGCGGAGGGCGCCAGAUGUUUUUACUUCAACAUCCUGAAGGCUCAGUCAGCAAAAAUUGUACCUUCAAAUUCAGGAUGCAGUGUGUGCACCCCUAUGUAAAGCUAGGUUCUCUGCUAGAGCACGAUUGCCAAACCAACCAAGAAAUAAAACUGAUACAAAAGG